UUUAAAAAGCUAGAUAAUAUUUUUUAAAAACCACAUUUUAAUUUAUGGAUCAAAAACAAAGUUUUGCAAGAAGAGAUAAGUUGAAAUCAAUUGAAUAGCAAAUCUAAGAGUAAUGGGCAGCCUAAUAAUCCUUCAAUUCUAAUCCAGAUGAAAGAAAGAAAUUUUUCUUGACUUUUCCAUUCCCUUAUGUAAGAUAUUUAUAAAUAUACUUAUAGGCUAAUGGUAGAUUACAUUUAGGUCAUUGCUUUUCUUUUAGCAAAUGCGAUUUUAUUGCAAGAUUUAAGAGACUCUAAGGUUAAAACGUACUUUUGCCAUUUGCAUUUCAUUGCACAGGAAUGCCAAUAAGUGCUGCUGCUAAAAAGCUAUAACGUGAUUUAGAGAUAAAGGUAAAUUAUAAAUCCAUUUUAGUAAUCAGGAGUUGAAUUACCAGAUAAAUGUUAAUAUUAAUCCUUACUUUAAAUGAAUAUUAAGGAAGAAGAGAUACCUAAGUUUGCUGAUCCAUAUUAUUGGAUUCGUUUUUUCCCAUCUCUUGCUAAAGAAGAUUUGAUAUCUUUUGGAUCUUCUGUAGAUUGGAGAAGAAGUUUUAUUACUACAGAUGAAAAUCCAUAUUUUAAUUCAUUUAUAGAAUGGCAUUUAACUAAAUUAAGGGAGGCUGGAUAUAUUAAAUUUGGAAAAAGACCAUCCAUUUUUAGUACUUAAGAUGAAUAAUUGUGUGCUGAUCACGAUAGAAGAGAAGGAGAAGGUGUUAACCCAUAAGAAUAUACAUUAAUUAAGUAAAGAGUAUUAAAACCUGAAUUAAUUGAUGCUUCUUUAGCAGGCAAAAAUUUAUUUUUAGUAUGUGCUACUUUGAGACCAGAAACUAUGUAUGGUUAAACUAACUCAUUUGUAUUACCAGAAGGUGAAUAUGGAGUAUUUGAAAUGAAAAAUGAUGAAUUUUUUGUAUGUAGUGAAAGAUCUGCUUUGAAUAUGGCUUAUCAAGGAUUAACAAAGGAAGAUAAAAAACUUAAUAAAGUUGCCACUGUUAAAGGAACUUAAUUAAUUGGUUUGGAAAUCAAAGCUCCUUUGACUAAUUAUGAAAAAGUUUAUGUUUUACCCAUGCCUGGAAUUAAAAUGAAUAAAGCUACAGGAGUAGUUACAUCAGUACCAAGUGAUGCACCUGAUGAUUGGGCUACUUUAAGAGAUUUAUAAAAGAAACCAGAUUUUUAUCACAUUAAGCCUGAAUGGGCUGAUUUUAAACCAAUUCCAAUAAUUGAUGUUCCUAAAUAUGGGGAUUUGGCUGCUUUGACUGCAUGUGAUUAAUUCUAGAUUAAAUCAUUAAAGGAUAAAGAUUUAUUACAAAAAGCAAAGGAAGAAGUUUAUAAGGCAGGUUUUUAUGAAGGAAAAAUGAUAAUUGGAAAAUAUUAAGGAAUGAAAGUUUGUGAUGCAAAACCAUUAGUUAGAAAAGAUAUGAUUCAAAAUGGUGAAGCAUUACCUUAUUAUGAACCAGAGAAUACUGUAAUUUCAAGAAAUGGUGAUGAAUGUGUUGUAUCUUUUUGUGAUUAAUGGUAUAUCACAUAUGAUAACUAAGAAUGGAAAAACAAAGUUAAAGAACAUGUUUAAAACAAUUUUGAAACUUACAAUGCAAAAGUUAAAUAAGAAUUAUUAGAAGCUAUUGAUUGGAUUAGAGAAUGGGGAUUAUCUAGAAGUUUUGGAUUAGGAACAAAAGUACCUUGGGAUAAAUAAUAUUUGAUUGAGUCACUUUCAGAUUCAACAAUAUAUUUUGCUUAUUAUACUGUUGCACAUUAUUUGUAAGGAGAUUUAAAUGGAACAAUUCCAGGACUUGCUGGAUUCACUCCAAAUUAAUUGACAAUUCCUGUUUAUGAUUAUUUAUUUUUGGGAAAAGACAGUGAAUAAGUUCCUGCAGAAAUGAAAUAAUAAUUAGAUGUAAUGAGAAAAGAGUUCUUGUAUUAUUAUCCAAUGAAUUUGAGAUCAUCAGGUAAAGAUUUAAUAAAAAAUCAUUUAAUUUUUGCAUUAUUUAAUCAUGCUGCAGUUUGGAAAGACUAACCUCAAUUAUGGCCAAAAGGUUAUUUCUGUAAUGGUUAUAUUUUGGUUGAUGGUGAAAAAAUGUCUAAAUAAAGUGGUAACUUUAAAACUGUUUAAGAUAUGGUUAAGACAUAUGGAUCUGAUGCAACAAGAUUUGGAUGUGCUGAAGCAGGAGAUUUAUUAGAUGAUGCUAAUUAUGAAUUAAAAUUAGCUGAUUCUGCUAUUUUAAAAUUAACUACACUUGAAAUGUAUCUUGAAAAAAUAUCACCAUUGUUAUAAAAUUAUCGUACCUAAGCAUAAUCUAAAAAUAUUGAAUUUUUUGAUUAAGUUUUUGAGAGCUAAAUUAAUCAUUAAGCUAUUUUAAUUGUUUAAAAUUAUGAAGAAAUGAAAUUUAGAGAAGUUGCUAAAAAUGGAUUCUAUGUCCUUUAAGGAUAUAAAGAUGAUUAUUUAUUAGCUGUCUAAGCUGAAGGACCUAAUAAAAAUUUAAUUAUGAAAUACAUUGAAAUCUAAUUAACUUUAAUGAAUCCAAUAGUUCCUCAUAUAACUGAAUAUUGUUAUUAGAAAUAUUUCUAUCCUUUUGUUAAAGACUAAGGAUAUCCAGAAACAUUGACUAAAUAUGUAUUACCUCAUGUAGGAACAUAUGUUUAUAAUGCAAAUAUUUUAAGAUAAUUUAAUUAUCUCUAAAAUUUAAUGAGUACUUUAAGAGUUGCGAUUGCAAAAUAUAAAGAAACACUCAAGAAGUAAAAAAAACCUGAAGUUAUUAAUAAAGUAACAUUAGUUGUUGCUAAAGAUUUUGCUGAUUGGUAGAAAGAGGUUUUAAUUCUUAUGAAUAGAUAAUUAAUAGAUAAUGAACCUGGUUUUGAUUUUAAUGCUUAAAUCAAAGCAAACAAGGGUAAAAAUAUGGCUGCCUAAUUAUAAUUUAGUAGUUAUAUAAUGGUAAAAAUAUAUUUUUAAAAACUUUAGGGUGAAUUUAAAUAAAGAGGUGCAGAUGCUAUCAAUCCAAAUCCUACUCUUGAUGAAGAGGCAUUUUUAAAUAAUUUUACUCAAUACAUUAUUGGAGAUUUGAAAAUAAAAGAAUUUGCAGUACUUAUUAUUUUAAUAUUUUUAAGAUUAUUGAUUCUACAGUUGCCUAAAAAAGCGAUAUUAAACCAGUUUCAUAAGCAGGUAACAAUGCUCAACCUGGAAAACCUUGUCCAUUGUUUGAAUGAUUAUUUUUAAAAUAUAAUAAAAAAUCCUUAA